AGUGCGAUUAUUUGUUUCAUUAUCGCACCGAUGCAAACCUAACGUGUACGCCUUAUCAACACGACCGAAUAGUAAUAAUAAUAAUAUCGAGUUUUUCACCGUCUGUCACCCUACGCCAUCCGGCGAACAUAUUUUCGUUUAGAAACCUCGUCCGUUGCGUUCAGUGCUCGCGGUCUUCACAGGUCGUGUGAUCCGUUCCCCUGUCGCACGCCGCCAAACGACAUGGCUUCGAUCGCUGCUUAGAGUGUCGUCCGGAAGUGGCCGCCAAUGCGCUGCAGAUGGAGAACAAACUGUUAGCCGACUAUGAACAGCAGUUUGGUGUGACAAGCGCUGAGAUCACAUCGAAAAUCAGCAGGCUUGGUCAUAUUGUAUGCAAUGAUAGAAAUGACUACAUCAAAGAAAUUGAACGGAACCUUGACGAGGUUCACGAUCUGUUGGAACAAAUGGACCUCUCUGUCAAAGAAUCUGAUGUUUCGAUACGUGCAAAACUGCACAUUCGUGUGGCCAGUUAUAGGGCCGAACUACACAGAUUGGCUAAAGAGUUUGCUCGGGCAAAGUGCACGGUUAACAUUAAUUUAGAAGAUGAUAAUCAUUUUGCCGAAAGUGAAGAUGUGACUUCCGAACAAAAACAGAGACUACUCUAUACAUCUGAACGUCUUAACCAGUCAGAAAUACAAUUAGAUAACACUUACCGUAUUGCUGUCGAAACUGAAGAAAUUGGUUCACAGAUAUUGACUGAUUUAAAUCGUCAACGAGAGACUAUGCAGAACUCUUUCAACAGGCUGAGAGAUGCAAAUGCAGAUCUUGGAAGAAGCACUCGAAUGAUAAAUGCUAUAAUCGUGCGCUCUAGACAACAUAAAAUCAUACUAGCCAGUGUCAUGGCAGCGUUUUGUUUCUUCUUGGUUUUUGUUUUUUAUCGUUCUUUCUUUUGAAAAAUACAUUCCUAUUUAAAUUGUUUUGAUUAA